ACGAGGAAUGUCGAAUGUCUUCGUCAGUUCGUCGCGGUGUUUUCACAGAACGAUCGCUUGGUAGUGAAUAGUGAACGUGUUGUGUCGACCGGGAUCGCGGAUGAACGCUGCGCGCUUGGAAUGAGAUCGUCGUCAUCGUUAUCGUCGCCGGCGUCGGCGUCACGCGGUCACACGGGGUCACAGCAUCGUUGCAAAUGACGCAGAUUCGACUGCUAGGCCGAAUUCUACCGCCGGGCGUUCGUCUUCGCGAAAGGAAAAAUGUCCGGGGAUAUCGGGAGUAGCGCGGCGUCCUCCCGUUGAUUUUGAUUUUUUUUUCGCCGAAAACAAACGCACGCAAGCACAUACACGCACGCACGACACGUCCGGGAAGCAUCCCUCUGCUUUUCCUUGCUGCUGCGAGGAUUGAUGAAUGCGGUCGAGGCGAAGUGUAUCGUUUCGCGGCAGGUCUUGGUUGAGACAAACAAUCAUCGCGACGUCCGGAUCGGCUCGAAAAACCGUCUUAUAACAAUAAUAAGCUUUCCAUCAAGACUGCCAAUGUAAGACUGAAUCACUGAUGCAUGGGAUAAUCAUCUUUGAUGUCAAGUACGGUCAGCAUCAAUGGGAAACUGUUUCUCGUGCUUCAAGGUGCCACUUCCACCAUCAACCAAUACCGAUCAAUCAAUUACAUUGGAGCAUAAAGACGAAACAAUGGAACUCAGAGAUAAUUGUGGAUCUGUGCCUAGUGUGCGCUCAUCAAGAGGAUUUUACGCGCGAUUACAGCCAUUAGGACGAUCUGGUACAUCAUCCGGUCUUAAUGUAGCUACUGAACCGAAGCAACAAAAGGAACCAUCAGAGAGCAAAUUAAACGCACUUUUUGACCAAUAUAAGGAUCCUCAUGAAGAUGCGAUAUUAGCUGAUGGCAUAGAAAGACUUUGUGAUGACUUACAGUUAUCACCUGAUGAAUUUAAAGUUCUUGUGCUUGCAUGGAAGCUAAAUGCAGAGCAAAUGUGCCAAUUUACACGCCAAGAAUUUGUCACAGGAUUAAAGGCUAUGAAGGUUGACAGUAUACGUGGUAUACAGGCACGAUUGCCUGAAAUUGUUCAGGAAUUGACAGUCAAUAGUGAUUUAUUCAAAGAUCUCUAUCGAUUCACAUUCCGAUUUGGCCUUGACGUUACGUCUGGUCAAAGAAUUUUACCGGCUGACAUGGCAAUCGUCCUUUGGAGACUUGUCUUUACGAUACGUGAACCUCCACUCUUGACGAAAUGGCUUAACUUCCUUAAAUGCCAUCACGUCCGGGGGAUACCUAGAGAUACUUGGAAUAUGUUUCUAAACUUUGUCGAAAGCAUUGGCGACGAUCUUGGUGCUUACGAUGACGCAGAAGCAUGGCCAAGUUUAUUCGAUGAUUUUGUGGAGUAUGAAAACGACCAAAUGAACCAAAAUAUCACUAAAGAUGAUAUUAUGAAAAAUACUUCUAUCGACAAAGAUUAAUGUUUAUAUUUGAAGGAAAAUAACAGUGAAGCAGAGAAAUAUUAUUGUCUUAAAUCCGACCUUUGAACAGGAUCAUCUAAAUGGCAUUAUUCUAAGAAUGAUCAACCUUUUAUUUUUAUUAGUAUAAUCGAGGAAAUUAUAGAUUAUAUAUUCCUGAUUAUUACUUUUUUAAAAGAUCUUAUAUUUGUUGAUAUUUGCGUCAUUUAGUUUAUAUUCGACGCAUUCUCUUUCCUAAUGUAAAUAUAUAUAGAAUUUAUUUAAUGUAAUAUUAUUUAAUUAUGUCUUGUCAUAUAUAUAUACAUAUUUAUAUAAAAGAUACGCGAAAAAUUUCCGUAUUGUUAAUUUUAACAUACUGGCAGCAAAUUAUAUAUUAUUAUGUAUCUUUUUUGUAAGAACAAAGUAUAUAAAUUUAUUACAAAGUUGUAUUUUUACACUUUGUUUAACCAUGAUAAUAUAAUUUAAUUAUUACACAUAACUGCAUAAAAUUAUUGCUUUCUUUCAUAAGUUAUGAUAUGUAGAAAUAGUGCAUUUUUGAGUUAUAAAUAUCAAUCACUUUUUACAUAAUCAUUAUCUUACAUAAAAGAGAGAUAAUCUAGAAAAGAUAUAAAAAAUUAU